GCGCCUGCGCCUGGGUGGAGGGUGCAGUCACCGCUUGGCUUCUCGCUUGGUUUUCCCCCUCUCGCCCCGCUGCGGCUCCCAGAUUGUCUCAAAGCCACGGGGAACAUGGUGGAAAAUUCACCGUCGCCAUUGCCAGAAAGAGCGAUUUAUGGCUUUGUUCUUUUCUUAAGCUCCCAAUUUGGCUUCAUACUGUAUCUCGUGUGGGCUUUUGUUCCUGAGUCUUGGCUAAACGCCUUAAGCUUAACCUAUUGGCCUCAAAAGUAUUGGGCAGUUGCAUUGCCUGUCUACCUCCUCAUUACUAUAGUAAUCGGGUACAUACUCUUAUUUGGAGUAAACAUGAUGAGUACCUCGCCACUCAACUCCAUUCAUACAAUCACAGAUAACUACGCUAAAAAUCAGCAGCAGAAGAAAUACCAAGAAGAGGCCAUUCCAGCAUUAAGAGAUAUUCCUAUCAGUGAAGUAAACCAAAUGUUCUUUCUUAGAGCCAAAGAACCUUACACCAAAAACUGAAUUGUCUUACUUUGGCACUGAAGUCGUCAUCUUAAGAGUACACCUGGACCUCUAUGUGCUAGAUGGAUGGCUCAGAGGUCACGGCAAGUGCGCAGAAGACAGAUCCUUGAUGGACCUGGGAGAGUCAAAAACUAAGUGUCGGGGAAGAAACCAAAGGAUUUCUUUGGAACUUUUCCCUUUGGGUUACUUUUAAAAUGUUGACUUUUGUUGUGCCA